AUGUCGGCGCCUUCAAGCCUUUUACGAAAAGCUCGAAAUACCACUCCGAAGCUACCGACCCGGGUAGCACGACCAGCUCCAAAGUUCCUCGCUUUAUCCGCCCCAAGAUGUUUUGCGACCGUCAAUCCAGAUCCCAGGUCAAAUCCGGAUACUUGGUUCACGGGGUCGAUACCGAGAGGGAAUAUUGAACCACCACCAAAUCAGCAUGGUUCGGGCAAACCCCCAGAUGAGCGAACGGUCAAGCUCGGAAAAACCCUGCGUAUCCUCCAGACUCGACUCCCAACCCUUCUGCAAUCUCCAUUACCGCAGGAGAUCCUUUCUCCGCAGAUAACCCUCCACCUGUUCCCCUCCACACAUCCACACCUACCAACGGUAUCAGGACGAGUGGGCUAUUCGGCAGCACUAUGGACAUCGCCACUGGCUUGGGGAUGUGUACCUAUCGUCGGAAAUGUAAAGCUUGAAAUAUUAUCCGAGCGGAUGAUAAAACAUCGGUCCCAAUCGCAUUCAUCGGUAGCCUCUACACGACCUGAGCAGUUGAUCGUGAAAUGGCGGACUAUCGGCAAAACAAGAGGCAAAGGUACAGGUGCUUUUUACAAAGGCAUUGGCGCAAAGGAAAACGUGGAUAGAAUUACGAUGUGGUUGGGUGGUGGCAAGGGCGAGGAUGACAGCAAAGAGUUUACCGGACUCUUCAUAUUCGAAUUCGAUGAAGAGGGAAGAAUUGUCAGCCAUACCAUAGAGCACGUUGAAGAAGGUGGGAACUGGGAGAAAGGUGUCGGGGCAAGAGUUGUGGGGUUGACAGACUGGCUAUUAGGCAGCCUAAGAAACGGCAAUGGAAAUCAGGGAGCGCCAUGUCCAGCGUUCUGGGCGAAAGAGGAUCCUCAAAAUGGGCGUGGACGAAGAAGAUAA